UUUGUAAUUAAAUUUAUAACUGUGCGCAUCACAAUCACAUCACAUUGUGCUGUUGUUCUCAAUUAUUUCGAGUAUACGACAAUUUAAUAACCUAUGCAAAAAAUGAUAAACAAAUAAAUUAAAGUGAUUCCACAUCAUGGGUGAUAUAUAUGAAACAGCCGGCGACUAUAAGUCCAAAGGUAAAUCAUUGGAUGAGAGUAUUUCCGAUCAGCUCGUUGAUUUUGAAAGAUUGCGCAUUUCAGCUCUUACCAAAGCCGCUGAAAUAAGCCCCGCCGUCAGAAAAGUCACUAUAGGACCGAGAAGUCCUGAAAAGAAAGAACUGCAUUAUGAAGAACAUUUUGAGGUUACCCCAAAGCCAAAACUUGUCGAAGAAAACUUGGUUGAGGAUAGAGUUAGCGACGAUCUCAGGUAUGCCCUCAUCAUCAAGCAAUAUGAAAAGAACUUGCGAGAUACUUCCGACGAACUGUUUAAAAAUCUUCUAGAUAAUAUGUUAGCCAGGCGAGCCGAGAGUAUGCGUAAUUAUUGGACGAAGCAAACUGAGGAGUGCGAGCGGCGCGCGCGCGAACUCCGGGAAAAGAAGUUGCAGAUGCUUAAACACUUGCAUGAUAAUGACAAUCUUACAGUCUUAGAGCAAGCCAAGCUGGACGAGAAAAACUCACAAAUAAUUAAUAAACAGACCAUAGAAAAUAUGAACCGAAUUCUGGAGGAACAAAACCAAGCCACGGCACGAUUUGCCGCGGUAACAGACAGCCACACUAAAAUAUGUAUAUGCUACAAUGAAAUCACAAAUAUUUUACAAAAAAAUCCACAGGGAAAGGCAGUCUGUGAGAAACACAUUCCUUCAAUUAAUUCUGUAAUUGGAAACAUAAGUGCAAUAAUGGAUCUAUGCAAAACAGGGGCCCUCACUGACAAGAAUGUAAGACAGGCUGAAGUAUUAGCUCUAAAUAUAGAUAAUAUUAGAAAGAAAAUGUUAGAAGAAUUAGAAGAUAUCAAAAAACAGGAGUUAGUGAAGAAGCAACAGGAAGAGGCAAAGCAGCAAGAAAUGUUACGGCAGAAGCAGGUUGAAGAAAAAAGAGAACAAGAAGCUAAGGCAGCAGAGAUUGCUCAAAUUGAGAAAAGUUUAACAGAGCAACCUAAAAAAUCACAACCAAUGUUUUAUUCUCAAACCAACUACAACUACUUCCAAGAAUUAAAAAGCUUUUUAGAUCAAUAUGAAAACCAGUAUAAAGAUUUGCUUGAAAAUGUACACAUGAAAAAGUUCAGAUUUGACUGCCAGAAAGCUGUAAACACUCCAGUCAAUGCAAUAUCUUCUGUCAGUGGAAUGCACAUGAAAGACAAAUAUAACAAACUUGCUAAGCUUCUGCGAGGUGAGCAAGUGCAAGUUUUAGAUACUUAUGUCACAGCGACACAGCAUCCUCAGGGACUUCAUUACUGUACUGCUUUGUUGGCAAAAAAGAUAGUGAGACAGGGAGAUUUGCUAGUAUCCAGUAAUCCAGAGGCAGCCUUCCCUUUGGCUGCAGUCACUGCAGCCCUCUGGUCGCAGUUUCCAGAGUUUGGCAAGCUUUUAGAAGCCUACUUCCAUAGGUUAUGCCCAUACUUGGUGCCAAUGUUUUUACCUCAAAAGGAAGGACAAACAGACAAAGAUUUCUACCUGUCUAGAGGCUAUACAUAUAAUGAUGAAGGUGUAGUAGAAAAACAAGACAAGUUUUUAAAGAGAAUGUCUGGCAUAUUUAAGCUGAGAUGUGCUAUUUGGAUUGCUACAACACCUAGAUUUGUGAAUACUCCCAAUCCGCAUGGCCCUUGGUUUGGUUGGCAAUGGCUGGCUUCCUUUGUCAACCUAAAACCUGAACCAGACAUAAGUGCAACAUUAAUUCAUGAUUUCUUCAAUAUCUGUGGUGCUAAAUUUCAUAAACUGUAUGGGAAGCAAUUUGUGAAAAUAAUAAGACUGAUAAGCUCAGAAUAUCUAGCAAUACUGGAGAAUUUAGAUGAAGGAGGCCCGAAGACCAGAUUGGAAGUGUUCUUGCAAGAAGUAUUAAAGACAGGAGUCAUACAGCCCCCUACUGGUGUUUUACCACCCAGUACCUGGUAGCUAGCUCAUAAGAAUAAUGUGUUAGUGACUAUUUAUUUUCUUAAUUUACUUUGCCAUUAUAAUAAAAAUGUAACAUCCCUUUGUUAGUAAUAAUAAGUUUCUUAAGAGAGGCAUAGACUAGCAAGAACUUGCAUGCAAGUUACGUUACAUUGCUGACUACUAAGGUAAACUGCAUUCAAAAGUUUGAUCAGGUACCACAGUGUAAUAAAAAUUGCAUGCAAGUUCUUACUAGUCUAAUACUCACUUUAUAUACAUACAUGUGUCAUGCACAUAGAUGUGGUAUGUUUUUAUCUGUAUAAAGUGUUCUAAGGCAUUAGUAGUUUAUAGUGUAAUAUAGGACAAUGCAUGGCAGUUGUGGGUUACUAUCUUUACUCUUUGGUUGACAUUUUAGGCUUACUUUAUGUUUCAUUUGACUACCUCAGUAUACCUAUGCAAGUGUGCAUUGAUAGAUAGAUUUAAAAAACAAUUGAUUGUUAAAAUCUUUUAUAAUUUUUCAAUUAAUUACACAUUGGAUUACUUACUAAUUUUUAAUUAAAAAAAAGUUUUUUUAUCUGCAAAUUAUUUAAAGAUCAAAGAGAAAUUAAAUGUAAUUUAAGUCAUGUUAAUAGAUUAGUUUUAAUCUAAUCUAAGUAUAAAAAUAUAUGGUAAGGUGAACAUUUUUGUAAGUCUAAAAGCCUUGGCGCAAAGGCUGUGCCACACAGGGGCAUUAGCUCAUAUCUGUCUGCAGUAAAAUAUGUCAAUAAAUAUGAAAAUGACAUCUUGUACUUAUAUGUUUUUAAUAAAUUUUAUGUUUACUA